UCCACCGUGAAGCAUGCAUUUGACCCUGGAAUGCUUGAGUGGGAAAGGGGUAAAAUGAAUACAGCAACACACAGAAAUCCUGGAGGAAAACUUGUUGGCGUCUGCAAGGCACCUGUACCUUGGUAGAUUUGUUUUCCAGCAAGACAACCAUACCAAGCAUAAAGCCAAUUCUAAACAGAAAUGGCAUAGAAACAACAAUGUUAAUGUCCUGGAGUGCCAGAGUCGGAGCCCAGAUCUCAAUAUUACUGAGAAUGUGUGGCUGGACUUGAAGAAGGCUGUUCACUCAUAUUCAACAUGCAAAAUGACAGAAUCUGAACAGUUUUGCAAAGAACAAUGGGGAGAAACUGCAGUAUCCAACUGUGCAAAGCUGACCUGUGCACGCAGACUCCAGGCUGUCAUGGCCGCCAAAGUGUUUGCUAUUGUGAUCAGAUCUGCAAUGAGACACCACCUUCCAGCCAUGUGUUUCUUUUAUACCAAGUGGAGUGGAAGAGGCGGGGCUUCCCUGGAUUCAUUGCCCUCAAGAGGUGGUUUCUUGUGGCUGUGAGGGAAGAAUGUGAUGGGACUGUUAGUGACAGCGUCACCUCUUGUCCUAGUCACAAAAGUGUCCACAGUUUUUUGGCGCCCGGACGUGGGGCAAGAGACGGCCGGUCGACUCCUCCAGCGAGACCAUUUCAGUGAUCCGUCUUACCAGCGGACUGCCGUCAACUUGAGAUCUCCGGCAGCAGAGCAUGCAGCUCCGGUAAAAGUUAGGACUGCCCUGUCCUGAAACAGUUCUUGCGUGAGGAGCCCCUGGUCUCCUCUUUGCUACAUCCACAGUGACUGAACGGAUUUCCAGACAGAGCUUGCACACUUCCAGGCUGGGGUAAGCACCGGGGGAUUUCCGAACAUUUUUUUUAUUUUCUAAAUAACGGGAGGGCGAGUUUCCUGUUGACCGUCUAGUCAUACUCAUAUCUCAACGGGUUGCUUAAGGUGAUGGAGACUUGACCCAAGCAGUUUGACGCAUACGAAAGGUCUGACGAAAGGAUACUGGCCUCACCCAUAUCCUAGACUCGGCUGGACGUAUUGAUGUAGUAUUCUGCUGAACCGAAUCGGACACGAAGUCACCUGAGCUGGAAUCCGGGGAAGUGAGCGGACAGGCUAACGGGACGAGUAACGGGGUGGUAUGGAAAUAUAAACCGAAAAGAGCACAGAUUACAGGAUUGCUGUUAGGAACGGAAUGACACGUAGCGCUAUGGAAGAUAUGUAGCUAUGGAAGAUAUGUAGCGCUAUGGAAAAAUAAAUAAAUCUACAUACGGAAUAAGCAACAAAACCGUGUUCUCCUGGGAACUGGAUCAGUACCGAUAGUUAGGUGUCUCCCCUUGAAACUAAGAAGGGAACAGUUUAGGUUUAGUGAGUGGCACACUUAAUGCCUCGCUGAUUCAUACGUACAAGGGAUUAGGCGAAUCAGUAUAUAGUUGGAAAAUUAAAUACAGGACCCGGGAGGGCAAGGGAACAUAAUGGGAACUUAUAACAGUAAGCCUGUUAAUCGCCGCACAGGGGGAUCAAAAUCAUUAAUGCUGGAAGAAUUAUUUUCGGAGGAUCAACAGACGCCCCGUAAAAAUGGGUCUCCUAGAAAAUUUAUAGAAAAGAAGACAGGUUUAGAUUUCAAGAAGGCAUGUAAGAAAUGGAAUAGACAGAGUGGUGGGCGUUGGCCGAUAGAGGGGACAGGAGAUGUAAGUGAAAUACAGGAAGUCAGGAAGAUCCUGUGUAGGAAUAAGCAGGGUUGUUAUAAUAGUGGACCGUAUCGAAUGGAUAUGUUCGAUAGAUGGGAAUUAGUAAUAAAAGACAGAAAUUUAGAAGCAGUACAGAAACAGAAUGAUUUGUUGCGGGCAAAUGAGGGAAAGGCUAAAAAGGAGAAAGAGGAAUUGCUAAUUACAUUACAGAAAGUUCAGAUAGACACUGAACCACAGGCAGAUGGGAGGAAAAGGAAGAAUAAUCCAAAUAAAGACCCCCUUUAUCCUAUUAUUUUUUCCCCUCCUCAGUACCAACCUCAGGCACCUCCAUUAUCCCCUCCUCUAUCCCCCAUUCCGACUGCCCCCCCUGCACUACAACUAGCAGAAGUUUCUCCCGAUGAUUCCCCAGGCACAGAUCACUAUGACUCACCCUGUACUAGACAAACCCCCGUCUCCAAAUGCACUCGAAGUCACAAACCAGCUCCAACUUUUUUCUCAUCUAAUCCUUCACCUUCACUUACUUGCCCUUUAAUAGAAGUUUCCAAUCCCCAUUAUAACCCUGCCCAUCCAGCUGGACCCCAAAAUCCCACAACAGUUAUGAUAAAUCGGAAUUGGGACAUCCAAGAACUAAAAGAUGUCGUGAAUGCACUUCCAGAUCCAAAGGAAGUAGGAGGACUAAAAUUUGUUGAACAACUUGAUCAGUUAGAUAGCAUGUAUAAGCCUAAUGCUGCUGAAUGGACCCAGGUACUUCGUCGAAAGCUUGGGACCACAUGGGCCACUGUUAGCAGGGGUGUCCGCAAUGACGUUCCAUGGGUAUGGGACCCAGCUUUAACUCGAGGACAGGGGAUAGGUGGAGAAGGCGAAUUUAACCCACAAUGGGAGGCGUUGAGACAAAAUAUUGCAGAAAAAUAUAAAAAAGGAACGGACUGGUCCCUUAUUUCUGCUGCAAAACAAAAGAGAGACGAGACGGUUGAUGAAUGGGCACAUAGGAUUCAAGACCUUAUGGCUAAUCACUCGGGCUUGGGAAAUGCUGAUGACCGCACCCGAGCUGCACUUUCACCUUUUGUUUCCGGUUUGCGCCUUGAUAUACAAAACAAGGUCCGCACUUCCUGUAUUGAGUGGGAAAGUGCCACGUUUGAUGAAGUCAAACGACAUGCUGAACAUGCCGAAUCGGACUCUCAUGCCAAAUUAUUGGCAGCACAGAUGAACUAUUAUUCCAGGAAUGCUCCUGACCAAGGUCGAGGAUAUGGCUUUAGGGGACGAGGACGAGGAAGAGGACGAGGUGGUUUUAGAGCUCCUCCUGUUGACCACACUAAGAAUCCUUUUAUUCCCUCUCCUUUAAAUUCCAAUGCUAAUUCCUACUCUUGCCACGCUUGUGGUAAAACUGGACAUUUUCGUCGGGAGUGCCCUCACAGACAGCAACAGCCCCCACCUCCCCUUAUUCCACCUGUUUUCUCUGACACCCCUGACCAACCAUACUGGCCAUAGGAAAACGCAGGGACCUCCAGCCACUCUUUUCAACUACCUUUGCUCACCUAUAAUUCAGAGACUGAUCCUUUACUGACAUUGUUCGUUGAUGGCACUGAGACUGUUUUCUUAAUCGAUACUGGUGCCACUCGAUCUACCCUCUCGCUGGCAAAGGUCCCUGCCUCGAACGAAACUGUUACUGUACUUACUGCUUCUGGACAACCACACCUUCUUCAAGUAUCAAAACCUCUCCAAGUCCAGUCACGUCCUGGCGGACAUACCUUACUGCAUCGUUUUCUUUUGAAUCAGCUUUGUCCAGUUAACCUUUUAGGAAGAGAUCUCAUGACAAAACUUUCUCUUUCUAUUUCUAUGACUGAAAAAGGUUUUUUCUGUUCAAACCCCAAGUUGUUGUGUCAAAUUACCCCUCAUCCCAAACCCUCUUUUGCAGCAUGGACUUUAGAUAUUUCCCCACACACCAUUCUCCUCAAAGCCCUACAUUCUUUUUCCCCCUUGUCUUUUUCCCAAUUUACAGGCCCCUGACAUUUUACACUGUACUGCCCAAUACUUCCCUAUAGAAGUAGACACCACCUGGCUAGAAUCUUUCCUUACUUCUGGUACUUGCCCCGAAACCCUUCACAUCUACUGUGUUUUUAUUUCAUCCACAAAGGCAGCUGCUUCUGUUCAUCUUACAUGCUCACAGCACAUAUAUUAUCUUGGCGGCACAGUGCCUCAUAUUUCCUUAGCUAAAUCACACACUGUUAAAUGGGGGGAAAUAGGGCCAUGGGUGGAAAAAUGCCUUGAAAGAACAGACUGGUUACAAGUUACUCCAGGUAUUUUUGAUACUUCUGACCAUUUAAUAACUAAAGUAGUGUUUCAAACUGAUUUUUUAGUACAUCGCGCUUUGUGCCGUCCUUCCUCUUUUGCUUGUUCAUUGCAAACCACUUUCCCUUCUUGGCUCUCUAUGCUCCCUGAUUCACUAUGGUCCCAGGGAAAGAAUGAUUAUGGAGGGAUAGCCCAUUGUGAGCCUCUGGUGAUCCACCCGAAAUCCUCCUUCCGCCCGCACCGUGCCCAGUAUCCUCUGUCUCCCGAAGCAGAGGCUGGCAUCUCCGCCGUACAUUCCGAUCUCGUCAAACGCGGUACCGCCGAUGGACAUGGACCGUCAUGCCUCAGGGAUACAGAGAAGCCCUUUGUGUUUCUGGUUAAGCUCUUGCCCAAAAUUUAGAAGGCGUCUGGCCGGAAGUAGUACAUUGAUAUAGUAUGUAGAUGGAAAUAAUAUGUAGCGCUACGGAAGAAAAUUGUACAAUUCAUACUCAGAAAUUGUUGCUGUUUCUGGAGGAAAAAUGGCCAUAAAGUUUCUAAGGUUAAGCUGCAGCUAAACAAAACAACAGGUUGUGUCUGUUUUAGGUAUUCUGGGCUACUGCAGACAGUGGGUUCUAAAUUUUACUGAAAGAGCACAGCCGUUGCAACAACUGGCUGAGAAGGCUCUCUGUAACCUCAAAGCUGCUCUUCUAUCUGCGCCCGCGCUAGGUUUGCCUGAUCAUUCUCGUCCAUUCACUUUGUUCGUGGACGAAAAGCAGGGAUUUAUGAAUGCAGUACUGACGCAACAACAUGGAGAUAAACAAAGACCGGUGACUUAUUUUUUUCUAAAAAAAACUGGAUCCAGUGGCCGCAGCACUUCCUCCGUGUCUUCGUGCUGUGGCUGCAACAACAGAAGCUGUAUUAGCAAGCACGGAUGUAGUUCUCAUGAGCCCCCUAACAGUUAAAGUGCCUCACGCUGUAUAUUCUAUCCUAGUAAGAUCGUAACAAUUUAUACAGAUUCCAGGUAUGCUUUUGGAGUCUGCCAUGAUCAUGGAGCACUAUGGAAACUAAGGGGAUUUAAGACCAGUACUGGAGAGCUCUAACUAAAAACUGAAAAAGAUAAUUAUCGAUUUGUGUAAUUGGUUUAACGCAAAUGAAUGUCUCCACUUUCGUUUAAGGCUUGUAAAUAUACAAAAUAUUUUUCCUUUUAAACCCUGAUCAAGUUUGAAGGAAAAAUACUCUUUUAAUAAUUGUGAUAUGAAUGGAGGUUGUGUAUUUUAGGUACUAUAAAGGAAGAGCAUGGUGACGCAGUGGUCAGCACACUUGAUACGAAUAAAGGUUCAAGCACGUAUGUUUUCCUUGUUAAGUCAGAAUAAUAAGCAUGAAGGAAAAGACGCGUUUAAGUAUGUUGCAUAGAUAACCUUUAAGCACAACCUCGCGUGAGAGAUUUCUGUGAAUAAAGUACAAUUGAAAGAAAACUUUGUUCUAUGAAUGAAAUGCAAUUGUAAAAGAGAUGUUGAAAAACAUUGGGAAGCUGUAGGUUUCUCUACAUAUGCAGAGCAAUUUUGCAGAUGCUGUGCAAUAUGUCAAAAGUUUAAUGUGGGAAAAAGGUACCCAGGUAAGUCCCGCCGUUACCCCUAAUCCAAUGGGUCCGUUUGAACACCUCCAAAUGGAUUUCAUUGAACUAACCCCGUCUAAAGGGUACCGAUAUUGUCUUGUGAUUGUCGAUGUGUUCUCCCGAUGGGUAGAGGCUUUCCCUUCAAAACACAGCGAUGCCAAAACAGUAGCUAAAGCACUAAUUAAAGAGAUUAUUCCAAGAUGGGGUAUCCCUCAAAAGUUACAAACAGAUAAUGGCACUCAUUUUGUGAACUCCAUUAUAAAUGAAUUAACCACCUGGCUAUUGUGAAUACCAUCCCCAAAGCGGAGGCAUCGUAGAACGAUGCAAUGGCACUUUAAAAGCUAAACUCGAAAAAAUUUGUGAACAAACUAAUUUAUCAUGGCCGGAUGCACUACCCUUAGCUUUAAUGGGACUAAGGGGACGGACACACCGACAACUGGGACUAUCGCCGUUUGAGAUUCUGACCGGACGUCCCAUGCCCGUUGGCAUGGUUGUAAUGUGAAUUUGCAUACUGUGGACAAUGAUCUUCUCUCUAGUCUUGCAGGUUUGCGAACCUCGUUGAAGGAAAUCCACCAGCAGGUUAAUCAAGCCUGGAGGACCAGCCCCCUUUCCAAGGAUUUACCAAUUCCUUUGGGCACCUGGAUCCUGGUUCGAGAUACUCGGAGGAAACACUGGCAUCAGCCUAGGUGGAGAGGACCAUUCCAAAUUCUUCUAUCCACACCACACGCCGUGAAAGUUGAAGGACUGCCUGCCUGGAUUCACGCCUCACAUUGCAAGAGAUGGCACCCUUGAUUGCUGUGCUACUAUGCUUUUCUUUUCCCUUGUCUACUGCCCUGGUCACCUUGACUUUCCCGUUGGGAAUUACCACAUCAGUGCAGUUUGAUUUCUGCUCUAUUAUCAACUGUGGGACUGGUCGACAAGCCCAGUGGACCGGAUCUGACAAAUACGUGUGUAUGAGGGGAAGUGACUGCGACAACUGGCAAUGGGUUUUUGCUAACACUGGAACUGAGGACUGGGGUUAUCAACCUUUUGAGGCCCAAAAAUACGGUUUGAAAAAUCGGUUUUCUACCAUAAAAGGACAUGCCUCUCAUGAAUGUGCUGACAACCAUUGUAACCCCUUGAUCAUUACUUUGAAGAACCCCUCUUUACAUGACUCAGGUAUUUAUGUAUUAGGGGCAUAUGUAUCUGGAACAGACCCUUUGGGGAGAUUUCUAAUUAAGAUUGACAAUCCUGUUACUAACACCCCUCAUUCUCUGGCACACACACCCAUCUCUCCAACUUUUGGUUCAGAUUUUUCUCCUGUUAAGAUUAUGAAUAUUUCCACCCUUUCAUCCACUUUUUCAGUAGAAACUGGUUAUGGAGAUCAGAAUAGAUGGUUGCAGUGGGUUCUCUAUUCAGCUAAGCAAGUUAAUCGUUCUCAUUGUUAUGCGUGCGCUGCAGCCCGUCCCCAUUUAGCUACAGUCCCUUUCCCAUUAUCUAACAUUUCUGACCCCGUGGGGUUGCCCUGCCUUCUGUACUUAUUCACUACUUCCAAGAAACCCCUCUCUAGUUCAAAGUGUUCUAAUCUAUCUAUUCUUUUUCCCCCCACCCGUCACAUGGAUACCCCUAUGUUUCAAACUCACGAAGGAAAUUAUACAUGUUUCAAAUCUUAUGGAACGACAUGGGUAGGAGAAUUACCAUUUUCUUUCUGUUCUCAAACUUUUCAGGUUAACUUUUCUCUGAACACCGUUCUGUCUUCCUUUCUUCUCUCCCAAACCACUCCUAGAUCAGAUAUGUGUCCUAGGUCCAAAUUAUUUGCCACCCUUCCCCCUAACUGGUCUGGUACCUGUGCUCCAAUCCAAUUAGUUAUGCCUUUUAGACUUCUAUCCUUACCUCCCUCUCACUCCCCAUAUUAUUCCACACCUCCUUUUUAUUUCCGACAUACCCGCUCCCUUUUCCAUACGCCUACUAAUAUCUCCUUACAUGGCCCUGGAGUAUACAUAGAUGCUAUUGGAGUCCCUAGGGGUGUCCCAGACAGAUUUAAAGCUAGGGAUCAAGUCGCAGCCGGUUUUGAAUCUAUCAUACCCCAAAUUACUAUUAAUAAGAAUGUAGACUGGAUUAAUUAUCUUUAUUAUAACCAACAACGUUUCCUUAACUUCACCAAAGACGCUAUUGAAGGCAUACAUGAACAGCUUGAUCGUACUUCUCUGAUGACUUGGCAAAAUCGUCUAGCCCUGGACAUGUUACUUGCGGAAAAGGGAGGUGUCUGUGCUAUGUUUGGUGAUGCUUGUUGUACAUAUAUUCCAAAUAAUACCGCGCCAGAUGGAUCAAUAACUCGUGCAUUGGCAGGCCUUACUGCUCUCUCUAAAGAACUUUCCACUAAUUCUGGCAUUACAAAUCCCUGGGAUCAGUGGUUUGCAUCCUCCUUCGGAUCCUGGGGACAAUGGAUAAGAUCUGUUUUCAUUUCUUUGGUUGUGACAUUUUGUCUCCUCCUCCUGGUUGGUUGUUGUAUUAUUCCUUUGGUUCGCUAUAUAAUAUCUAAGUACUUUACCGCCUCUAUGGAAAGGGCAUAUAUGCUACAUGAGGAGCGCAUGUCUCGUAUAGCUUCUUCCAAUUUCUCCUCCCCAUCCCCUUUCUCUCCCCCUUCCCCUUCAUCAACCAUUUCAAAAUAGAUUUAUAUAGGCCCACAUCAUUUUUGUUCAAAAAGGGAGGAGUGUAAAAACAUAAAAAGAUGUAAUUGAACAAAAUGUAUGUGUGUAUAGAAAAUAGGACAGAGUGAUGAAACUUGUUUGUGUUUUGCGUGCGUGACAAAAAGCAUGUAUACUUUCUAGAAGUUUCUUUUGAUGAUGUGUGUGACAAGAAAAUAUACCUUUAGGGUAAUGACUUUACAAAAUUGGAAAAGUACAAUGAGUCAGGAUGCUAUUUUUUGCUUACGUGGUCAACGAUCAGGAGAUUAGAAAGGUAUAAAAGAACAAGGACAUCUGCGCUCGAGGCAGAUGAAGUACGGUGUCCUAGGACUGUGUUUCUCUGACAUUUUACCUUUGCCUGGUAUGUAUCAAUAAAAGGUUUUGACUAAUUUUAA